AUGCACUUCAAGCGCUCGUCUUGUUCAUCUCAAUCUUCUCCUCACAAAGAGUCAAAAUCACUUUCCACAAAACUUUUUUCUUCCCUUCGUUUACAAGACAAAACCCUUUUCAACGCCGAGUUCAACACCCAAAGUUUUGUUCUUGUGUUUUGCCGUGUAGCGAUGGGAAGAGCACCUUGCUGCGCCAAGAAUGGGCUCAAGAAAGGGCCAUGGACGCCUGAGGAAGAUCUCAAGCUCAUCAACUAUAUUCAGACUCAUGGACCGGGAAACUGGAGGACCCUUCCCAAGAACGCCGGGCUUCAAAGAUGUGGGAAGAGUUGUCGUCUUCGCUGGACUAACUAUCUGAGGCCAGACAUCAAGAGAGGAAGGUUUUCUUUCGAGGAAGAAGAGACCAUCAUCCAAUUGCACAGCAUCUUGGGUAACAAGUGGUCGGCUAUAGCUGCUCGCUUGCCUGGAAGAACUGACAACGAGAUCAAGAACUACUGGAACACCCAUAUUAGGAAGAGGCUCCUCCGGAAUGGGAUCGACCCAGUGACUCACGCGCCUCGCCUCGAUCUUCUCGACCUCUCCUCGCUUCUCAGCUCAUCUCUAUGCAACCCUUCUCUCAUGAACAUGGCCAACUUGUUGAAAACGCAAGCCCUGUUGAACCCGGAGCUCUUAAGGCUUGCUUCAACCAUAUUGUCGCUCAAAAAUGAAAGCCCAGAUCUGUUCUCACAAAAUAAUCUGCAGGCGAACCAAAUCUCUGAUCUCCCGUUGUCGCAGUCUAAUCAAUUUCAAGUUCAAGCUCAAUCUCAAGCUGAACAAGUUCCGGCUUGCACCACUUCUACCGUUCCUUGUGGUCCACUUGUGGACCAAGCACAACUUGGACAGGCCAAUGUGGGAGAUUUCACAUCGAACUUGCCGAGUAAUUUCAGCUGUUCAAACACCGGACAAAUUAUUGUGCCUCCAAUGAUAAGUCAAGAUUUGGUGUCACAGCCGCACUAUGGCCAGUGCAAUUCGAGUCCAGCUAUUCCCCAAUCAUUGGAAAAGUUCUGUCACUUCCCACCAAACAUCGGCGACAACCAGAACUUCGGGUUUGACUCGAUCAUGUCGACGCCUUUGUCCAGUUCGACGCCAUUGAACUCAUCAUCCACAUUCAUGAACAGCAGCCCCGAUGAGGAGAGAGAGAGCUACUGCAGCAACUUCUUGAAGUUUGAGCUUCCAGAGAGUUUGGACAUCAACGACUUCAUGUGAAUACGCCUUACAAUGAUUAUAAAGUACGUGCGGAAUAAUAAAGUGGAUAAGUAAGUGCGGAAUAAUAUAGUGGAUGAAGUAGGACCUCUUUUUGUGGCUCUUUCUGUUUUUUAUACUUCAUUUCCCUUUUCUGGUGAGGUAUUGGUUGUAUCUUCGCUAGCUGUCAAUAUAUGGAAUUCUUUGUAUUGCUUGUGCA